AUACUGGAUCUUUAAUACCUACAUGGAUCCGACAGCUGAGUUAGCUGCUAGCUGGCCAGCCAGGCUCAAUGUUAUUAAAUCUAACUAACGUGGUAGUAAUACCCGAUGUCCCCACGAUGAUGGCUAUUUUAUUGCCAACAUGUCUGAAAUGUUCGAGACGGGUGUAAAAUGAAGUAACGGUAGGGGUUUCGAGCACAAACGACACGGUGUGGUUGGAUGUGGCUAGGUAACAUUAAGGUACCGAGGGACUACGUUAGCUGGCAAACGUUGUCUUUUGCUGAGUGUGGCAUUUCGCUAUCCACUAAUUAUCCAACACAACCAUUUAACCAUAUCUGCAUAUUACAUAGAAAUACAAAGAAUCAUGGACGCACCAGAAUUACCUGUUGAGAUAAUCACCUACAUCUUCAGCCUCCUUCAUGUGUCUGACAGAAAAGACGCUUCGUUGGUUUGCAGAAGCUGGUAUGAAGCAAGCCAAGACUACCAGUUUCAGAAGAAUGUCACUUUUAGGUUGCCAGCCAGCACCUCCUCCCUGGAGGUGAUUCAGGGACUUGGUAGACGCUCCCACUGCGGCCUCAUCAUCAGCCAUCUGGAUGGAUCGAGUCUGUCCAGAGCUCUCCUGAUGGAGGUUGGCAUGCACCUAGGUCCCAGUCUGGUGACUUUGUCUUUACCGGGGAGCAGCAUUACGGAGUCCUCCCUUCUUGAUCUCCUGCCCCACCUUACAGGCCUGCGCAAGUUGGACCUCCGAGGCCUGGACAGCCUCUUCAUGUCAGGAGCUUUCCUGUCUCGAGAAGAACAUCGUCACCAGGUGCGAAAGGCCUUGGAGGGUCUUGAGGAGUUAAAUUUGUCGGACCUGAGGUACCUGUCAGACCUUUCCUUCAAUCGGUUAACAGGCUGCACCCCAAGACUGAAGAAGCUGGCUCUCUCUGGCUGCCACAUUGCCUUUGAAUUUGACCCAUACCGGGGAUGUCCUGUGGGGCCUGAUUGCUCUGCCCUGCUUUCCCUGCGAAACCUUCGCCGACUUCUUCAGGAACAGGCCAGCACGGUACGAGCCCUGGACCUGAGCAGAACCUCAAUCACUCCUGAGUCGCUGCGCACCGUGGCCCAGGUGCCCGGCCUGGCUCUGGAGGAGCUGUGCCUGCGGGGCUGUAAAGAGCUGUCAGACACCGCAGUGGAGGUCCUGUGCCAGCAUCAGCCCACCAUCAGGAGCCUGGACCUCAGCGCCUGCACAGAACUCACCAGCAGGUCUGUGCAGGCCGUGACCGCAGGCCUGAAGGGGCUGCAGGUUCUCUCUCUGUCACGGGACUGGAGGGUGACUGAUAAGGGUCUAGCAGAGCUUGUGAAACUGCCAAGCCUGCGGAGGCUGGACCUCUCAGAAUGCUUGCACGUCAGUGGUGCGGAGAUGAUUAAGGGCCUCUCCUCCCCGCAGCCCAGGGCAAAGCUGGAGACCCUCAGCCUCAGGAGCUGCACCUACAUCAGGGACAUUGCCAUCUUCUCGAUGAGUCAGCUACUGGGCUUCAGUUUGAGGGUGCUUGACCUGACUUCCUGUGUGUACCUCACUGAUCUGAGUGUGCGUUCCAUUGCCACAUACAUGCCUGGACUGCUGGUGUUGCGGCUCGGCUGGUGCAAGGAGAUCACGGACUGGGGGCUACUGGGGAUGGUAGAGCCCACUAAGGAGUGUGAACCCAGCACUGAGAAGGAGGACAAAGGACCAAGUUUCACUCGCACAUUUGGCAACAUGGGCUUCUUCCAGCCUCCCAGUCUACCCUUUCAGGAGAGACCACGGCUGGUGACCGAUGAGGACCUGGGGGCCUUUCGUGAACAGAUGGGGGCCUCUCUGCUGGCCAUCAGGGGGCUCCAGGAGCUUGACCUCUCAGCCUGUUCCAAAAUCACAGACCGCAGCAUCACUCAGGUGGUGCGUUUUCCAGACCUGCAGCGCUUGUCUCUCUCCAUGAUGCCCGAGAUCAGUGAUGACAGUCUGGCGUCUUUGGCAUUUCACUGCCGGAGCCUCACCAGCCUGGCUCUCAACCACUGUCCUCAGAUCAGUGACCAGGGCAUCGCCAGAGCUGCGCCACUGCUCCACAGGCUGCAGCACCUGCAGCUGGCCUGCUGUGAUGCGGUCACAGACCGAUCCCUCUCUAUCUUGGCUAAGCACUGUAAGAGGCUUCAGACGCUGGACAUCUCCAUGUGUAAAGACAUCACCAUAACAAAAGUGGACUUCCUUCAAUCGCAGCUGCCCUAUCUGGAGAAUGUCCAGUGUCGCUUUGUGGGUGGAGCAGACUUGACCAUAACUCUGUAAUGUAAAUAAAUAAACAAACAAAUAAAUAAAUAAAAACGAAUUUAAUGUAGGAUGCGGAGAGUAUGUUAAAAGGGAACAGAGGUUGUUUAAUAUAUGUCUGUACAUUCCAGGUAGUCAUAUCCUAUAUAAAUAUAUAUUGGUUUGUCUUUUGCACUAGGCUUGAAAAAUGCUGCUCUAGAGUACCAGUGAAACACUUAAAGGGGUGUAAUCUGUUAUUCCCUGUCUAUUAGGCUCAGUUUGGCAAUGAUCAUUUAUCUGUCCUAAUGUAUCCGUCCUUAUGUACAAUCCUAAGAGGAAUAUGUUAUGAUUUCUGGCAAUUUAUAAAAAUGUUUUACAACAUUGCAUUUAGAUGGCAAUUUAAUUGUAAUACACUGUUCCCUUCACAAAUGCAAACUGUUCUGUUAAAUGGAGUGCAGAUAUCUUGUUCAGGUUUUGGGCAGGUGUGUACAUUGUGCUGUAUUUAAUUACUGAUGAUUCUAGCCUCUAAUGUUGUUAUACACUUCAGAAGUAAACUGUGGUGAAUGAUAUCAAAAGAUAUAAAAUAUGAAAUAUUCCAAUGGCACAAUCACUUGUAUUAAAAUACAAGCCAGGACUCAAAUAUUUCAUCUGAAUUUGCACUUUAAUGAAGUUAAACUGCUGUUUUCUUUAAUGUAAGAGUUGAUUUUAUUUAAGAGAGUUACAAAAUAAAUAAGAAUGAGAAGAAUACUAAAACCA